AUGCCUGAAACAAUUGGUGAUUAUCAAUAUAGCAAACGAGAUUUAAUUGGACAUGGUGCUUUUGCUAUUGUAUUUCUCGGUCAUUCAAAAAGUAAUCCUGAGCAACAAGUGGCUAUUAAACAGAUAACAAAAAAACAAUUAGCUAAAUCACAAAGUUUAUUAGAAAAAGAAAUUAAGAUUCUCAAAGAAUUAACUAAACUUAAACAUGAAAAUUUAGUUGCUCUACUUGAUUGCAAAGAAUCUCAAAACAAUGUUUAUCUUGUAAUGGAGUUUUGUAAUGGGGGUGAUUUAGCUGAUUAUCUUCAAUCAAGACAAACACUGAGUGAAGAUACAAUUGCUAUUUUCUUUCGACAAAUUUCCGCUGCUAUUCGUGCUUGUCAUGAACAUAAUGUUGUUCAUCGAGAUUUAAAACCACAAAAUAUUCUUUUAUCGCAUCCAGAUAAAAAUAAUCAACGUGUACAAGAUAUUAUAUUAAAAAUAGCUGAUUUUGGUUUUGCUAGAUUUUUAUCUGAUGGUGUUAUGGCUGGAACAUUAUGUGGUUCUCCAAUGUAUAUGGCACCGGAAGUUAUUCGAUCAUUACAAUAUGAUGGAAAAGCUGAUUUAUGGUCAAUUGGUACAAUUAUGUAUCAAUGUUUAACAGGCAAAGCACCAUUUCAAGCACAAACGCCACAAGCACUUAAACAAUUUUAUGAAAGAAAUGUUAAUUUAGCACCAUCCAUUCCACCGUCAACUUCACGAGAAUUAACAGAUUUAAUUGUAAGAAUUUUAAAAAGAAAUCCAAAAGAACGUAUUGAUUAUGAAGAUUUUUUUAAUCAUCCAUUUUUAAUAAAAAGUCAGCCUGUACCAAUAUCAUCAGGACGAACACAAGCAUCAAGUAUGAGUAUUAUUAGUUCAUCACCAUUACGUGAAGGAAUUUUAUCUCAAGGACAAGAUUUCGAUUUAACGAUUCCUCGGCAAUUUAGCCGUCAGAUUGAUCCAAUUCCUGAAUAUGAACCAGAUGUUGUACCAAUUACAUUGCCAACACCAACACAAUCAACAAAUAAUAAGCGUCGUUCACCAUCACCAAAUCCUGUAAAUAAUCCUGUUCCAAUAAUAAAUACAAAUAAAUCAAUAGCUAAAAUUACAUCAAAUCCAUUAAUACCAGUAUCAACAAAACCAGAUGAUUUUGUAUUUAUACCUGAACAUAUUACUAUUGAAAAAAGUCUUCCGACAGGUAAUCAUACAUCAUUUGCUCAACUUUCAAGAGAAAAACGUCUUAUAAAAGAACAACAUCGUACAUUAUCUGAAGGAGUUUUAUGUUCAAAGGAAAUAUCAUCACAACGUCCAGAUAAUCUCGCAUUAAUGGCUAUUGAAAAUACAACUACAGUAAAAGAUACUCGGGCUUCCAAUAUUACUCAACCAAUACCAGUUCCAUCACAAAUUCAUAAUUAUGAAAAAAUGCAAGAAUCAAGAGAUCGUACGAAAAGUGUUGGUGCUGCAUCAGCUGGUAGUCCAAAUAGUAGUCCAUAUGAUGAUCGUCGUGCAUCAUUAGAUCGUCUUCGUCAAGCAAGUAUUGUUUCAUCGAGUUCGGAUUUAGCUAAUUCAAUUAGUCCACCUGCUGUACGAUUUACUGUUGACACUACAAUUGUAUCAGCAAAUCCAUUUAGUUUAGUACCAUCAACACGUCGAACAAAUACAACACCACCACCAUCACAAACAAUUCAACAAUCAGCAUCAAAUUCAAGUCUUGUACAACAACAAAAUUCAAAAUUAGUUAUUGAUACAUCACCACUUAAAUCACGACAAAAAUUAACUGAUAUCGAUAUUCCACAUGAUCGAUUCUUUGAACAAGAAAAUAAUACUGGAUUUUUUACAACAAAUAUCGAUCAACAAACAACAGCAGGACAAAUUCGUCGUCAACGUGUAACUUCUAUGUUUGGUGAUACACAACCUGAAGGUCGUUAUUAUGAACCACAAAAAAUUACAGAUGAUGCAUUAAUGGAUAAUGAGCAUCAUGAUACAUUAAAUAAACUUGAAUUUAUUCUUCAAUUAGUUGAAUAUAUAUUAAAUUUAGCUACUUCACGUACAAGUUUAUUAACAGAAUCAUUAAGUUUAAAUAAUAAGAACAAUAAUAAUAAUUUACCACGACCUAAAAUGGAUCGUCUUAGUCAUGUUGAUAAUUUAUAUAAACGUGCUGAACAAUUAACACUUUAUGUUAAAGCAAUGCAUUUUCUUAGUUCAGCUAUGUGUCUUGCUCGUGAUACACUCAAAUCUGGAAAAUUACAUUCAACAGCUAAUGUUCGAAAUGCUGUUAGUGAUCUGAAUAAUAAAUAUAAACAUUGUUUAAUAAUGUGUAAACAAUUAAGUACACAAGAAGAAUUAUUAACACACGAUGAAAUGAAAGGUGUUACAUUAACAGCCGAUAAAUUGCUUUACUUACAUGCAAUCGAUCUCUGUUUAAAUGCAGCUAGUUUAGAAUUUUUUGGUAAAGCUCAAGAAUGUAUUGGACCAUAUACUCAAGCCCAAGUUUUAUUUCAUAGUUUAAGUCAACAAGCAACAACCGAUUGUGAUCGAUCAAUAUUACGACAAUAUCGUGAAGCAGUCGAACGACGUUUACAUUGUCUUCAAAAUCAGGGACUUGUUGUGCUCAAUGAGCCAUGGGAUAUGGAUGAUAUGCAAAGAGAACAUGUUAGAACAACGAAAACUAUCUCCGUUGGAAUAUAUGGAUGGAGAAAACGUUGUUUAUAUUGUCUUUUAAUUUUUUUAACAUUAGUUGUUGUUAUUAAUGUAUGUUUAACAUUUUGGUUAUCAAUCGCUUUAGGCCUUCAUUGGGGAAGUAUUGGACCUAUUUCAAUAUUUAAAAGCCAUGUUAUAUUUCGAUCACCAGUUGUAUUUAAAGAUGGACUUAUUGCAAAUAAAAUUUCUAGUGGUGAUCAAUCAUUAAGUAUUCAAUCGGAUAAAAGUGUGCAUAUUCAAAGUGGACCAGAACACAAACAUUCAAGAUUGACAAUUGAUCAAAAUGGAAUUCAUGCUAAUUGUGAACAAUUUCAAAUAAAUGAUCGAACUGGUUCAAAACUUGUCUCUAUUGAUUCAUCACAAAUUCAAGUUUAUACUGAUGAUCUAUCGAUGAUUUCUGAGAAAAAACGAUGGGAACUUCCAAAUUUAAUAACAAAUUCAAUUACUUCAGAUAAGAAUUUAAGUUUAUCAGCAGAUGAAGGUCGAUUAAUACUAUCAUCUAACAGUAAUAUUGAUAUAUCUGCUAAACAAACACUUGACUUUGUUGCUAAUGAUAUUGUUAUCAAGGCACAUACGAUUCGUCUUCAAAAUGAGCAUAUUUAUUUUGAAAAAUUACGUUUUUUCGAUCGUACUAAAGCACCAAUAGUUGCUCGUAGUUCUCAAUCUUAUUCUGUAUGCAUUUGCGAAAAUGGUCUUGUCUUUGCUGCGAUUGAUUGUCGUCAACAUGCAUUUGAUUGUCGUGAAUGA